GCACAUUUACAUCCACACCAAGAUGGCGUUAACGCGUUUGUUCUGGCUGCUGGCUCUCUUCACGGUACAAUGCUGGAUCAGCGUCCUGGCAGUGGUAUUAAAAUCUUCGAACCCUUCACCGUGGGUCAACGAGUUUGAAUCAAUUGAGCUGUCCUGCCUGAUUGAAUCCAUCUCCACUACCAAUCCCAGGAUAGAGUGGAAGAAGAUUAAGAAUGGAAAACCAAGUUACGUCUAUUUUGACAAGAAAAUAUCAGGUGAUUUGGAGAACAGAGCAAAGAUUCUAGAGCCUGCAACACUACUCAUUUCUAAUGCUACGAGAGACGACACAGCAUUGUACCGAUGUGAAGUCACUGCCAUCUCUGACCAAAAAACCUUUGACGAGAUUCUUAUAAACCUUGUCAUAAGGGUGAAACCAGUGACCCCAACAUGUUUUGUGCCCAAGUCGGUGCCGGUGGGAAAGUCGGCCGAGCUGACGUGUGUGGAGGACGAGGGCUUCCCCAAAUCCCAGUACCAGUGGUUCCGCAACAAAGAACCGAUUCCUGAGGACUCCAAGAGCAACCCCAAGUUCUUCAACUCGUCCUACAUGCUGAACAGAGAGACGGGCACGUUGAAAUUCAGCUCAGUGAGGAAAGAGGAUGCUGGCGAGUACUACUGCAAAGCCAGGAAUGAGGCAGGAGUGGCUGAAUGCCACCCACAGGUGAUGGAAGUCUAUGACCUUAACAUUGUUGGCAUUAUCAUGGGUGUGCUGGUGGUAGUGGGGGUUCUUGUUUUAAUAACAAUGGUAAUCUGCUGCGCCUACAAGAGAGGCUACUUUACCAUCGAGAAGCAGAAGGGAAGCAAUUAUAAAGCACCAGGGAAAGUUGACGGAGUGGAUUAUGUACGAACAGAUGAGGAGGGGGAUUUCCGACACAAAUCGUCGUUUGUCAUUUGAGUUAGGACGAGGUCAUAAGAGACUGAAAUGCAUCACAGUAAGAAGCGAAAUACUUCUCCAGUAAAAGUCCACACUACACACUGAGGAAAGACUCUGUGCCAGCACGUGCCUUACAUCCUGGCACGUUUGCUGCUACAACACUAUUCACAUUUGCCAAAGCUGACAACGAUUAGAAAUGUUCCUCUGUACACAAUUUCUUGUCUCUUGAACCUACAUUUCACCCUUUUAAUACCAAACCAGGUUCUUUCUCUUUCCUAACAGUGACGUUUUCAGAAUUGAAGCCUGAAGUUUCUAUUGUGAGAAUUUUGCUUUGAAUUUCUUGUCGUUUAUAUGACUUUUGUUUUGUACCGGCUAAAUGUUUCAGAAUAUUUUUGAUGGAAUAUAUUUUAAAAAUCCUUUAGAAGAAGGUUUACUUUUUUAGAUAUUUGUAAAUGACUAACAAGGAAGCCAGUGUAUUUUAUAGACCAAUUAGGUGUUUGAAAGUAACUUAUAACCACUUUGACCACUGUCAUCAUCGGUAAUCGAUCAGUCAAUUGUCCUUAGCAUAAUCAGACUCUCAGUUUAUUCAUGCGCUUUCUCUGGCUUUGAAAUAUAUUUUAGUAGCAUAUCAGUUGAUCGAGAUUAUGAAGGUCUUACAUAUUUGUUUUACUGAUGGGAUCUAAAUUCACCCAAAUCCUGUUAUUCAGACUCUUCUUACUCAGAUUUCCCUCCAUUAUAACGUCUGUCUUUUUACUUUUUAUUCCACUGUGUUAUUGCGAAAUUUCCACCCACUAAGUCUCCUGUAACUUCCUCUAUAACAAUUAAAGCCAACCACCGCCUCUUUUCUAACUGUAGCUAAUCCAUCAUCAGUGAGAAACCUGACACAUUUAGAUAAGGUUUAUAAGGGGCUAAGCACCCUUUUUAUACUAUAACAAAUAUGAAUCAUGUUUGUUCUUAGCACUUUUACAUGUGAAACACCUCAUGGACCUGGCUUUGACUGUAACUUAGUUCUGUCCAGCAGGUGAAAAGUGUUUUUCCCCUGAAGAGGAAGUACUGGCCUCUGAGUUUUGUGUGUUUUUGUGUGCUUCGCAUCAGAGACACUAUUUACCUUGUUAUCGAAAUAAAUAAGCUAAUUCUGCCACACAUUUUGUCCUCUGGAUUUCCCCUUUAUCUCCCAAUCUAGUCAUUUGCAAUUCCCAAUUGUGAAUCGCUGCCACUUGCACAACCCCUGAUCUGAUCAUAGAGGGCCGGAUCAACCCACACCCUCUUGGACAUGUGUCCAGCUAAGCUCUAUGUGACUUUCCCCAUAUGACUCCAUAUCACAGCAGGAGGAGACUUAGUCAGCCCACAAACACGGGCAAUUGUGUUUGGGUGGAAUCCUGGCCAGGCUGGUGGCUCUGCUGAGAUUCGAACACUCUGCAGUGGUGUGCCAGCAUGUCCUGAGCGUCUCCACCACAUAGGUUAAGACUGGUGCAGGCCAUUUAGAAAAAACAGAAGCCAUCUUAAAUAUUUUAAAUAAUAAUGGGUACAAAGAUCCAGGUUAAAAUUUGCCAUUAAUACCAUUUUUUUUAGAAGGGCUUGUGUCUUGAUAGUGGGGUUUGGGUGUAGUUUACGUUUCCAUGUUUGUGUUUGUAUAUAGUCUUAGUAAUAAUGCCAGCAGUAGUUUGGAAUCACUGUAAACAGUCCAUGCUGUGUAUCCUUUGUUGAAAGUGUUCUUCUUCCAUGCUUCUAUCUUGUACAUAGUGAAUAUACUGUCUGUCUUUUACCUUUUACUUUCUAUUACUUUAAGCGAGUUGUUGUUGCAGUUCUGCUUUUUAAUAAAACAGGGUUUUUAUGUUGGCUUACCAUUACUACUCUCCUAAAAAUAAACAUUAGUAAGUUUGACUUAAAAAGUACAGUUUGUGGCAGAGCCAGAUAUGAAACUCUUUUAAUGAUUCAAGCGGCCAGAUCAUGAGAAAGAGAGGACAUGCCUCAUAUGCUGCAUAUUACACCACCGUUUCAGUCAUUUUGUCAGUGCUUCAAGCAGUAAAGAAAACAAAACAGUUGCAAAAAAAAGUUUGUGAACCCUUUAAGAAUUAGCUUUAGAUUUCUAUGACUUUAGGUCCGUUCAUCUGUGCUUAGUCUACAUAAACAAAAGUAAAAUGUAUGACAUGUUAGGGACGCUUAACAUUAAAUCUUAAAACCAUUUAACAUUGAUGUGCAAAAUGUACACAGUAGACUGGAUACGUUAUGGCUACAAGCAUGUUCUGGUCACUGUCCGGCCAAAAGCUACAACAGCAGAGGCUCGCCAGUGUGAAUGAAGGACGAGACCACAAAGCAGCUCCAAACCAUGAUGCUUCCUCCAACUUACAAAAUACUUUACAGUUGGGAUUAGGGUUGGGUGCUGGACAGCGGUGCUCUUGUCCCUCCAUACACAAUCCAUUUACUGAACCAGAGGUGGUGUUCUUUGGCAAAUCUUACCAUUCUGGACCAAGAUUUGAUUCUUUCUGAAAAUGAAGGGUAAAUUAUUCAUUCAUUUGGGUCACAAACUUUUUUGGGAAACUGAUUCUAUAAUAAAUUAGAACAGAAUGACUUCUAGAAGUACAAUCACAGCUAAUUAAACAAUUUUAGUAUGUUUUUAAUGAAACCCAUUCUUUUAUUUUAUUGUUAUUUAAACCAUCAGUCAUUCCUCUUGAGUGCCUUUCAAUGUGGUCGUAUGUUAAAAAUAAUAAUUUAUAUUGUGUUCUUUGCAUUGUUCUAUACUGUGACGUCUAACUGGACACUUCACUGUUCAAACCUAUUAAUAUUCUAAUGAUUCAUCUAUCUAUCAGAUGAUUAGCUAUUAGCAGAACAGGUGUUUGAGAGGAAUGAUCGCAUGCUGUGUUCGCAAACCCCCAAACCAAUACUUGGUUAUUUUGAUAAACACAACAUAUCUGACUGUUGUUUUGUAAAUAGAUUUGUUUUAUUUUACUGUGAGUUUAUUCUGUCACUGAAAUAGAUCUGAAUAUAUAUUUGUGCCUAGAGUGAAGUGAUGUUCAGAUGCGAAAAGCACCAGUAUUAAUCCAACAAACACACCAAGAGACAAAUGGACACUUUUUACGAACUGACUUGAUAAACACAGGUUGUCUGGAGUGUUGAUAUUACAGGACAAUUUGCAGAAUUUGUUAAAUCGAAGUAAGAACUUUAACCAAAUACUAGUGAAUGAUUUCUGUUUCAGUAUUAUCCUGCAGCCAGGUCUUGUAGGAAGGUCGUGUGGGGGUUGAAAUUCUUUCUGUUUUUUGUUCUUCUCAAGACUUUUUUGCUUUUCUUGAGCUCAUGUGACAUGUUGGUUUUGGGCUGGUAUAAAUCCUGUGUACAUUCUUGAACAGUAGCCUGUUUGUGAUUAAUAAAACUCACUUUAAGAUUCA